UUGGGCAACCGGCACCUCGGACGCCGGCGCCAUGGAUCCGGUCAUAAGACAGGAGCUGGCCCGCGCCGAGAGCCAGCAGGAUGCUGCAUCCCUGAACAGGGCUUAUCAGUUGAUCAAGUCCGCCAACCUGGGGAAGUCAGAGUUUGACCCCACAGAAAGCUUCAGCCCCGACCUGUUUGUUUUGUGUGCAGAACAGGCCCUGAAGAUGGGGCAGCUCGAGGUGAGCAAGGACUGCAUCCGGAUGUACUUCAAGGUGAAGGGGCCGGUCACCCAGUUUCUGGGCCGAGCGCACCUGUGCAGGGCCCAGCUGUGUGCUCCCAAGUCUGCCGAAAACAUGGAGGAAUUUGAAAAUUGCGUGACUCAGUAUAUGAAGGCAAUCAACUUUGCGAAAGGAGAACCAAGGUAUUACUUCCUGGUGUAUAACGCGUCGGUCCUCUACUGGCAAAUGGUGAGGCCAUUUCUCAAGCCUGGGUAUCAUCACCACCUGAUCCCCAGCCUCUCCCAAAUCGUGAGCGUGUUGACUCAGACUGAGGAGGAGGACAAGGACUGGCCGGCAGAGCUGACACUGGAGCUUCUGGAGUGUUAUCUACAAGCUGGAAAAAACGAGGAGGCCGCGAAGUUUUGUGCCACUGUAGCACCAUUCAUCAAGGCUAAUGCGCCACAGAAAUAUCGACAAAUAUUUGCUCUUAUGGUCCGACAUGAAUUAAUGGAUGAGCUUCAGUUAAAGGAAGAAAAGAGAAGUUCUAUUAGCCUGUCUGUCACUUUCCAGAUUAAUAUGCUGAAAGCAAAACUGGAUAAAAACGAUUUAUCUGAAGAUAUCAACAAAAUUCUGGAGGAUACCUAUAAAUGUUUAAGUUAUUACAAUCACCAGCACUUUCCUUCAAUCAGAGAGGAAAAAAUUCUUUUGCUUUUUGAAUUAGCUCAUCUUUCUCUGAUCUUGAAAUGUGGGGAGAUCACCUCUGACUGCCUCUCAGACUUGAAGAAGAUGGACAGCAAAGAUCCCAGGAAGCUAAUUGAAAUCGAAUGCCUGGAGUGUGAAUUGGAAGCUGUAAGACUUGCAAAUAAAAUUAAAAUCUACACCCGAGAGGCUGUGGAGACCCAGCUGAAUAUAGUACAGAGACUGGACGUGGUGCUCCAGCGAGCUGUACGCCUGGGCGACCCGCAGGUCAUGCACGUGGUGUGCGCCACGCAGUGGAACACGUGCCUCCCGCUGCUGCAGCACGACCUGCGACACCACCUGCGGAAGUCGCUGACCAGCAUCGCAGAGGUCCUGGAGAAGGUGGACAGCCUCAUGGUCCUGUUCCGUUGCCAAGUGCACAUGGAGAUGGCCUACAUUGAGGAGGAUGAGGACCGGCUGGAGCCUGCCCUGGAGCACCUGAAGAAGGCCAUGCUCCUGGACACCCUGGGCCUCUACCAGGACAAGCUCAAGAUGGCCUUCAACCGCCUGCACCUCUGCACCAUGCUGUACCAGGUCCCCGAGCGCGCCGAGGACAAGGCCACCUUGGCCAUUGAGCAGGCAAAGAAAGCGAUGCCCGAGGACAGUGUGCGCAAGAAGCGGGCGCUGCUGGUGAGCGCGGGCCUGGCCCUGGCUCCUGACGCCUUCCAGGUCGUGCUCGACAGCGAGAACGAGGCCAAAGUUUCCACCGGGAAAGAGCGGGGCCGCUUCACCUACCUGUAUGCGAAGGCGCGGCAUCACUCCCUCAGCGUGGACGAGGCUGCGGGGCAUGUGCGGCGCCUGCGGGGCUGGAACGACAAGGAGAGGGUACAGAUCUGGGCCGAGCUGGCCAAGGUGGCCCGGAAGCAGGGCGUGUGGGAUGUGUGCCGGGCGGCCAGCCGCUUCUGCCUCGUGUAUGACGUCGGCAAAGUGGAGCGGCAGGCGAGGCUCAAGCGAGGGAAGAAGAAGAGGGGCGGGGACGGCGCGGGGCAGGACUCCUCGGGCCAGUCGGACGCCACCCUGCAGACGCAGGGGUCCCCCAGCCUGCUGCGCAAGUUCGCGGAGGUGGGGUUCAUCAACGCCGAGGCCACCGUCCACCUGCUGCGAUCAGAGGGCGUGUGGCUAAAUGACCGUCCCACGCCCCCUGAGGACCUGAGUCAGCACCCGGAGGGCUACAUACCCGAGUCCCCAGAGGACAAUGCCGAGUGGAUCACAUACCGGACCUGGAUAGAGGGCCUGUCGCAGUGCGCCAUGAACAGCUGGCUGCGCUCGGCGGACAUCGGGCGGAAGAUACAGGAGGCGUGGAUCGCGCAGAACGCCGUGGUCUACGUCCUGAACCACAACCAGCACCUCAUCACGGCCGGCCGGCAGGGGGAGCUCGUGGACGCCUUGUACCACCUCCUGGGCAUCGUCAAGGCCGUGGGCCACAGCGGAGACUUGAUGCUGCUGGCGAUGCUCUGCAGCACCCUGGCGCGAGGCCUGAUCAUCACCUGGAUCCCAGCCCCGACGCCAGAGAAGUCUAGAAGACACGCACGCUCAAACCCACUUCAUACACCGCUGGACCCCGAGGCCGCCUCUGAAGUCAGGACCGCAGUGGAGGUCUGCGAGUUCGCCCUGAACCUGACCAGCGGGACGGUGCCUGAGGAGGUGGUGCCCAUCAGUGCCCGGCAGCAGCUCAUCACCACGUGGGUGAAGGCCAAGCAGCUGCUGCAGCAGCAGAUUGGGCCGCGCCUGGGCACAGACGAGCAGGGCACCAACGAGGACAUCACCUCGGUGACCAGAGUCCUCGUGGCUCUGGAGAUGUACUCCUGCAACGGGCUGGGCCUCGUGGACUUCACUGUGCCCCCCUUGGCUCAGCUGGUGAAGAUGGCCUUGGAGUGCAGCUGGUCGGACCCCCUUGUGGAGCUGCAGACCCUGACGCGGCUGACCCACUUCACCUACGUGGCCCGGGACCACGAGGCCACCGUGACCUGCUCACAGAAGGCCAUCCAGACAGGCAUCAAGCACCUGCAGGCCUUCAGUCCGGUGGAUGCUGAGUUGGUGGCGGAGAUGCUGAGCACCGCAGCCUGCAUCCAGGGCAGGAGCAUCAUGGAUAACCUCAAGGGCCGGAAGCAGCUGCGCCUGACGGCCGCCAAGGCCUUCAUAGAGAGUGCGAGGUUUGGGGGCAUCGCGGGGAGCAGCGCCCUGGUGAUGCAGGCCGCCCGACACUUCUGGAACACCUGGCUCCCACUGCUGUCCUCUGCGGUCAACAGGAAGAAGUGCAAGAGUGCCACUCAGAGGAUCAUCAGCAUCAUCAACGAGACGGAGGCCAGAAAGCAGGAAAAAGGGAAGACGCUGCUUCUGCACCAGUGGCCCACAGCCGACUUCCAAAGUGGAGGGACGACGGAAGGGUGUUUCCUCUCAGGGGCCGAGGAUGACCUGACGCUUAGGGCCGCGCUCUACGGCCUGCUGUUCCACAGCCACGCUGACCAGCAUGACUGGGAGGGCUGCCUCAAGGUGCUGGAGGAGGCCCUGCGGGUGCUGCCGCGGACGGCACACCGCCUCUUGAUUUUCAAACAUAUGGUCAUUGUGAAGGCUAGACUCGGCCAGAACUUCAUGAUGGAAAUUCAGAAAUUCAAAGACCAGAGUGAGGAGUAUCUGGCACACAUGUGGCAGCGCCUGGCCCUCAACUCCAAGAGUGUCUCCGGGGAGCUGAUGUGCUACCACCAUGCCAUCCAGGCCCUGCAGAAGCCGGAGAGUGAGUGGCAGAAGGUUGACUGCAUCAUGGAAUUCAGCGAGUGGCUGUACCACAAACAGUUUCCUCUCGAAGACGUCAUCUUCCACCUGGAGUGGGCGAUUGACAUCCUGCUGAGGAUGCAGCCCGACAGGGGCUCCCCGGAGCCGGCAGGUGCGGGGGCCACAGGUGAGCGGCACAAUGAAGAGCAGGUGUCCACUCCGGCGGCCCCAGAGGGCUCGGGGCCCCCCUCCCUGGAGAAGCUUCGGAAUGUACGGCAGCUGGAGACGCUGGCCCGCGCCUACACACUGCUGGCCCUGGUGGUGACCCCGAGCGCCGCCAGCCACCGGGACCACUGCCUCAUGGCCUACACCUGUCUCCGCCGCAUCUGGCAGGUUUCUUUAUUAACAGCAGGAAAAUCAAUUUCAGAAAGUAGAAUUCCAGCAGCAGUGAGUUCACAUUCGUUGUUGCUUCAAAAGGAGAAGGAGAAAAGCAAAGACAGAGAAAAAGACAAGGACAAGGACAAGGACAAGGGCAGAGAGAAAGACAAGGACAGGGACUCGAAGCAGGUGACCGUGCCCUCCCGGGUGGCCAGGCUCUGCCCCAACCGCCCUCAAGGCUCCUCAUCCCAGAUGCUGGGCAGCAGAGGGCAGGGCCGUCCUGGCUGCUCUCUUCAAAGCCCCACUCCUGGCAAACGCCUUGAAGACGUACCAGCAAGCAUAGAAGAGUGGGCUUCCUACGCUUGCCCCGAAGAAGCCAUAUCAGUAUUUAAACAGGAUCAGAGCAACUUUGCCGUCAACCCAUCAACUCUCCAGAAGCCGACGUACAGUUUAUACUAUCUGGACCACUUGGUCGAGGCCCUGCAGAAGGUGUUCCUUCACGAGCUCACCAUCCCGGUCCUGCAGUUGGGGGUACUCAUUGCAGCCUCCGUGGUCGACAGCAAGAGCCUCAAGGACCUCUACCACCUCCGACUUGCCCUGGUUUGUUCUGACUUGAAGUUGAGGGAAGCAGCCACUUUCCACGAGGAGGUGGUCGGGCACGCCUACAUCUGCGAGGUGGAGCAGGCGAGCUGCAGAAAAGAAAUUGCCUUGAAAAAGGAGAAAAAUAAGGAACCUCUAUUAGAAGAAAGUCUGCCAGCACUGAGCGAGCCCCCCACUCCAGCCCAGCGAGCAGAGAUGAAGCCCCUCGUAGCAAAGGAUAAGACUUUGAAGAUAAACGGAGAGACCGGCAGGGGCCUGGAUGGAAUGUCCUUCCCGCAGUUGUGGACCCUCAAGGCUGAAGUCCUGCUGGAGCUGGACCUGUACCAGCCUGCGCGGCUGCUCCUGUCAGAGGCGUACCUGGCCUUCCAGGAGCUCGACGAUCCUUGUGCAGAAUCGAAAUGCCUGCACCUGUUGGCACGGUUGGCAAACAAGGAAAAGAAGUAUGGGCAAGCCAGGAAGAUGAUCGAGAAGGCCCAGCACCUGGGGGGCGGUGAGCAGUUCUGGUACGAUUCCACCCUGACCCUGGCGGACACGCUCCUGUCCACCGAGAAGGAGAGGAGAGAGGCAGUGGUCUGCCAGCUGUUCGAGAAGCUCAUGGAUACCUUCAACGUUCUUAAGAAGGAGAGACCGAACCGAAUGCCCGUAUUGGAAUUCAUGACCACAGACCUAGAAGCCAGGUGUGUGAGCCUCCAGAUCAAAGCCGUCCAGGAGCCGGUGGACUGUGAGCCCCUCCAGAACUCGUUUCUGCCGAUGGAAAUGGAUGAUCGCUUGUUGGAGAUUGAGGAAAAGUUUACCAACAUUGGCCACAAGGAGAAGUGUGUGGACAUCAAGCUGGAGCGCGCCAAAAUGAAGAGGUUAUCUGCCCAAAAUGAGAAAGAUGAAGAACGGAAAACUGCAUGUUACUUGGAAGCAUAUGACCUGGUCCAGAGAGCUGCUGCGGAAGAGGAAGAGCUGUUCCACCGUAUUCAGGGCUCACUGUCCCUUCAGGGUUUACAGAACGUCAGCACCCCUCUGAUGAGGAGGCUGGCGCACCUCAAGCUCAGCCUCGUGGAGGUGUGUCUGGACACGCUCCAGCUCAUGUGGGAGGAGACCCUGGAGCGGCAGCUGGAGCAGGGCUCCGUGGACAAGCUGCUGGCCGACUACCUGCAGAGCCCCAGUGACUACACUUGUGUCGGCCUGAGGUGGUUCACCCUGAAGCGGACCCUGGCGCACACCGUGCUGGCCCAGCUGGGGAGCCUGCAGCCACUGUGCGCCGGCUGCGUGGAGCUCCGCGCCCAGCUCCUGGGCCUGGCCGGGAAGGCCCUGCACCUGUUGGCCGUGCACGCAGACCCCCUGCGCCCCGCCUUCUACUGGGAGGAGGGCCUCUUGGGGGGUGCUGAGCUGAGCAGCCUCAAGUGUCUGGAGAUCAUCCAGGAGGACGAGGACCGCAAGGGGCCCUACGGCGGCCUGCUGGCCUUCAGGGCCACCCCCGAGGGGCACAGCAGGAAAGGCUGGGAUCUGAAGAGGAGGAUGGCACUAGCCCAGCGGUACCUGGCCCAGGCGUCCGAGGUGCUGCUGCAGUGCCUGCAGGUAGCCCUGGGCAGCAACCUCCUGGACAUCGCCGCAGCCGCCAGCCUGGAGAUGGUGGAGUGCGUCGGCACCCUGGACCCCACGGCCACCUGCCAGUUCCUGGCGCUGUCUCAGAGCUGCUCGGCCUCGGAGGAGAUGCGAGAUGUCCUGCUCACGGCCACAGCCAACACCAGCAGCUCACAGCUGGCCGCGCUGCUGCAGCUCCAGCACAGGCUGAGGUGCCAGGAGAGGACGUCCACCAACCUGUUUGCCAGCGUGGAGCAGAGACUGGCCGCCAUAUCCAAGGCUUGGCAGAAUCUCUGGGUCACCGAACAGCACUUUAACUUCUUGAGUGAAAUCCCUCCUACUUUUCGGAUCCUCUUUCUGCACCACUCACGGGACAGGACCCAUCUGUACGGCGCUGCCUACGAGAAACCCAAGUGCAUCCCUGCAGCCAAAGGCAAAGUGCUCCAGGUCGGGGGCUCCUGCAAGGUGGCUCGGGUGGCCGUGAGCCCGGCCGCCUUCUCCUCCCUGUUGGCCAGUGCCCAGCAGUUCCGGGAGCACGCCCAGGCCGAGGCGCACAGUGAGGACACGGCCCUGAGCCCAGGCUUGAAGGAGUCAGAAGGCGUGCCCCUGAGCAGGGAAGAACACUCUCUGCAGAGGCUCGCGGAGGUCGUGAAGCCCAUGGAGGAGUAUCUGAGGCCGCUGUUCCCGCUGCUCAGCUGCCCCCCGGAAGCCAGAGCACCAAUUCCCACAGUUGUUUCGGAUUUGGGAAAAUACAAGGGCAAAGACAAGGAGAGGAAAGCGUCCCCGCCUCAGGUGCAGCCCGAGGUCGCAGACAACAUCAUCCUGAUCGCUGACAGGCCCCUUCUGGAGCUGCCAUUAGAAGGUCUCUCUGUGUUCGAUGAAGGGAUGAUCUCCUCCGUGUCACGAGAGUUUUCUCUCCAGAUGCUGUGGAACCGCCUGCAGAGAAAGGAGACAGAAGGGAACGUGAAAAAGGAGAGCAGAGGUAAAGGUCGCAGACAGAGAAGCACAGCAAAGAAGGGAGCAAAGGGCAUCGUGUCCCGGAUCAUCCCCCCGCACUGCAUCGCGGUCGACGCGGACAACUUCAGGUUCGUUGUGGACCCCUACGAGGAGGCCCGAGGCCCAGAAAUGCUGACUCCUGUCUCCGUGACCCGGGAAAUUUUGGAAAGAUUCCGAGACACGUUCACUGCGAGAUGGGCGGGGCAUCUGGGGAAGAAGCAGUUUCCCAGCCAGGCCGAGUGGGAGCAGCUCCUGGGCAGAUGCGGAGGCUUUUUCUUCUACGGGAUGGAGAGCUUCCUGUCCCACAUAUUGGUAGAAAGGUUGGCCGCCAUGAACUUGGAAGAGUGCCAGAUGGUGGUCCUGCUGGACCUGGCGCGGUCCUACGAGAGCAUGCAGCGCCGCGUGGAGUCCUCGGAGAACAAGAGUGCACCCCAACUGUCCUUGGAGGGGCCCAUCGAGACGGCCGUCCUCCUGAGCCUGGUGGGGGUCGGGAGCAUCGUGGCGAACCAGUGGCCGACGGUCCUGCGGGACAACGCGAUGCGGGCCAGCAUCCUGUGGGAAAAUCUGUUGACAGCUGGCAAGCCGAUCGGGAGAACGACCCGCCUCCUUCAGAAGAGGGGAACCGGUGAAACUGUCAACCACGAUGAGGCCCCGCAGACCUGGAAGGACAGGCUGGUGCUCUUCCGGCCGCAGCCACAGGGCUCGGAGCGGCUCCCCGUCACCCUCAACCUGGUCCUCUACGGGCUGCCGCACCAGGCCAUCGUGUGA